GUUCCAAGCUCUGCUGUGCAACUUACACGCUCAGUUUCAGGACGCCGCAUCCCUUCGCCGCGACAGUGCUUGCAGCAGCAGGUGGUACCCGGAGUCCCCAAGCCCGACACCGGAGGGCGAGAUGAACGCGCUGGCCUCCCGAGCCGUCCUGAGCUGCGAUCGCUGGUGGCAACCCGAGCCGGCGCUCCUGCCCCCAGGUUGACGCGUAGCCCCCCAUCGCGCAGACAGAUGGCCCCAGGCCAAGUGCCCCAUCAGUCUGUCCCCUGGAGGGAUACCUACCCCUUUUUCCUCCUGUCCCCGCUGAUGGGCCUUCUCAGCAGGGCCUGGAGCCACCUGAGAGGCCCAGGAUCUCCAGAACCCUGGCCGUGGGAAGCAGUAACCAAAACCGAUCGGGGAAAACCUGGCCUGGAGAGAGAAGCUAAGACUUUUCUGGCCCCUCACCAUCCCCUCUGGGGCAGGCACUUUCAAGAAGAGACUGGAGACAGUGGAGCAAGUGACGAGAAUGGAGAAGCAUUCUGGGGGGCCCGCCAUAAUCUAAAAGCCAACAGUUCUUCUCUUAAAGCGGGGGGACUUUCAGAUAAUGAAGAUGAAGAAUAUGGUGGGGAACAAGCAGCAACCAGUGUCCCUAAAGAGCAGGAAGGUGAAUUCCUAGAUGGCCAGCCUGCUCCCCUGUCCCCCAGCCUUCUGAUAAGAACCCCACAGGACCCUUCUGAGGAGAAAUCUGAGGAAGGAGGAGCUGCAGAAGACAAAGUGGUCAUGUUCUUCUCUUUUCCUCCAUCACACUGGGAGUGUUGUCCAGGGGAGGAAAAGGAGGAAGGAGGAGCUAUAAACAAAGAAGCUUCCAGAACACCGAUUUUCCCUUUAUCUCCAAGAUCCAAACCCAAAACUCGGGUGUACUGUCCCAGGGAGGAAGAAGAUAAAGCCAUAGAGGAAGAAAGAACAGAGGAUAAAGAAGCCACAAAAAGCUCCAUUUCCUCCUCAUUUUCAGGCUUUUGCCCCGGGGCCUGGGAGUGUUACUCAGGAGAGGAAUGGGAGGAGGAGGAGGAUGAAUUCAGUGAUUCAGGAGCAGCUGAGGAGGAAGGAGAAGCUGAGGUUCUCUCUUCCAUCCCAUCCACAAGUGCCCUCAUGAGGGCCUGGGUGUAUCGGCCAGGAGAGGACUCAGAGGAAGAAGAUGAGGACAGUGAUUCAGGAGCAGCUGAAGAGGAGGGAGCUGAGGAUCCCUCCUCCAUCCCAUCCACAAGUGCCCUCAUGAGGGCCUGGGUGUAUCGGCCAGGAGAGGACUCAGAGGAAGAAGAUGAGGACAGUGAUUCAGGAGCAGCUGAAGAGGAGAGAGAAGCUGAGGAUCCCUCCUCCAUCCCAUCCACAAGUGCCCUCGUGAGGGCCUGGGUGUAUCGGCCAGGAGAGGACUCAGAGGAAGAAGAUGACGGUGACUCAGGAGCAGCUGAAGAGGAGGGAGAAGCUGAGGAUCCCUCCUCCAUCCCAUCCACAAGUGCCCUGGUGAGGGCCUGGGUAUAUCGGCCAGGAGAGGACUCAGAGGAAGAAGAUGAGGACAGUGAUUCAGGAGCAGCUGAAGAGGAGGGAGAAGCUGAGGGUCCCUCCUCCAUCCCAUCCACAAGUGCCCUCGUGAGGGCCUGGGUGUAUAGGCCAGGAGAGGACUCAGAGGAAGAAGAUGAGGACAGUGAUUCAGGAACAGCUGAAGAGGAGGGAGAAGCUGAGGGUCCCUCCUCCAUCCCAUCCACAAGUGCCCUCGUGAGGGCCUGGGUGUAUAGGCCAGGAGAGGACUCAGAGAAAGAUGAUGAUUCAGAGGCAGUUAACUCAGAGCCAAGUCCCUCACUUCAGGCUCAGAGCACCCUCCUCAGGGGCUGGACAUACCAGCCUGGAGAGGACACAGAGAGAGGGGGAGAAGCUGAGCCCUGCCCCUUCCGAGUGGCCAUCUAUUUACCUGGAGAGAAGCCACCACCUCCCUGGGCUCCUCCUCGGCUGCCCCUCCGACUGCAGAGGCGACUCAAGCCCCCAGAAACCCCCACCCAGCAUCCAGACCCUGAGACUCCCCUAACGGCCAGAAAGGUCCAUUUCUCCAAGAAAGUCUCUGUCCAUCUCCUGGCUGUCUGGGCAGGACCGGCUCAGGCCGCCCGCCGCGGACCCUGGGAGCAGCUCGCCCGGGAUCGUUGUCGCUUCGCCCGGCGGAUCGCCCAGGCCCAGGAGCAGCUGGGCCCCUGUCUCACCCCUGCUGCCCGGGCCAGGGCCUGGGCACGCUGCAGGAACCCUAUCCCUCCUCUGGCCACCACACCUGCUCCUGCCCAGACUUUACCAGUCUCCUCCAUCCAGACCACACCCUUGAGCCAUGUUGGGGCAUCUCCCUCCAUUCCUAUGUCCCUAUCCCCUGGCCUGGACCUCAGUGGGAGGCGUGGCUAAGAUCAUGUAGUUUCCUAUUUAUAUGAACUAUUUAUUUUGUGUGUGUGGUUUCAUACAAGAAAUAAAACCUUCUGAUUUGUAGCAA